AUGGAACAAAAAGUCGCUCUCUAUGCUGAUGAUGUGCUGGUCUAUGUCUCCAAUACUAGAGUUAAUAUUCCUAGGUUAAUUUCGAUCACGAACUCUUUUGGAACCUUCACAGGUUAUAAAGUUAACGCCGCUAAAUCAGAGCUAAUGUGGAUUAGGAAAAAUCAGAUCUCUAUAUCUGAGACACCGUUUAAGGAGGUCACUUCUCAUUUUAGAUACUUAGGCAUUAAUGUAUCGGCAAACCCACGAAAUUGGUAUGACCUUAAUAUCUCUCCAAUCCUACUUAAGGUAAAAGAAUACAUGAAGAACUGGCAAAAUUUUCCGCUUUCAUUUACAGGUCGUAUUGCACUUUUUAAGAUGGUUCUUCUCCCCAAGAUUCUUUUCCCUCUGCAAAACGUACCAGUCCUGCUGAAAACCAAGGAUUGGAAGAGUCUAUGUAGGGCCCUUCGAUAUUUUAUUUGGAAGUGCAAAAGACCUCGAAUUUCGAUCAACAGACUUUUUCUUCCUAAGAGGUUUGGUGGCAUGGCUCUACCAGACCUCAGCAGUUACACUAUGGUCUUUUUGGCACGGAUCGUGAUAGAUUGGAUACUAAACAAGGACUAUUUUACAAAUAAUACUCUUGAAAUUAACGUAGUAUACCCUUAUAACCCUAUAGCCUUAAUCCAUUGUCCAAUGCAUUUGAUGCCAAAAGAAGUGAAACAUCUUAGUUCUGUAUAUACAGUAAUACAGGCUUGGAAAAAACUAGGUGGUAAACUAAGUAUAGAUCUUUCCAUUCCGAAAUUUCAGGGAUUAUGUGGCAAUCCGGAGUUCCAAAGAGGUACUCAAUCUCAGGUUUUUCAGAAGUGGCAUAAAGCAGGUUUGAUUUACCUCACACAAUUCAUAGAUCAAGAGACCCAACUAAUUAAGACUUUUGAGGGACUUAGGCAGGAAUUCAAAUUAAGCAACAAGGAUUUUUUUGCCUACUUGCAGGCCAGACAUUAUCUCUCUUCACUUAUUGAUAAAUAUGGUUGGACCUGGUCCUGGGGGAAGCUAGACAGCUGGCCGAUCCUUGCUAAGAGCAACCUAUUCUCCAUUUCAACCUGGUACGAGUUGCUGGUCAGUCAAAAGGGUGAACUUAAUUUACAAUUUAUAUCACAAAAAUGGAAUCUUAUGUCUCAGGAGUUAGAAAGUGGGGCAGACCAAGUAGAAAAAUCUAUAGCCACAGUAACACAAACUACUUUAUCUGCUACGCUCACUUCAAAUGCUCAGUCUUGUGCCUUCUGUCAUGCUACUGCCGGUGUGUGCACCCAAAAGACUAACUAUGUGUCCUGCAGUUGUAGCUCGGGCUACAUUGGUAACGGCAUAAACUGUACUGUCAUGUUGUCCUGUGGUACAGAAAGCUGUUGUCCCCAAGGCUACACCUGGGAUAACCGUGUAGGUUACAAGCAGUGUGUAGAUGUCAAUGAAUGUGCUGACAGUUCACUGAACAAGUGUGUCCCAUCGAACACCUGCACAAACAAAAAUGGUAUUCACCUGUGUGGCAGCACAAGAAGCAUUGCAUGUUCCGGUACUGUUUGCUCAAAUGACCAGGACUGUUUGAAAGUCAAUGGAGCAGAACAGUGUGCUGACCCCUGCUUAUACUACCAGACACUGAAUGGAGAGAGCAGACUAUCCACCCUCAACUCCACUGGCAUAUUCACAACAGACAGAUUCAACUUUGGCUGGUUCCGAUACACUGGAAACAGUGGCCUACGGAUUCAAGAAGGGUGUGUUGGUUCCUUGAAAUGUGGUUCUGCUGAGCCCUUUACUCUAAAUGGCAGCCAUCCAGCUAUUGGAGAAGGAGUAACAAUAGUGUCCCUCAAUAGUAAUGGAGUAUCAGGCUGCUCACUUGGAGCAUCCAUCCCUGUGAAAGCCUGUGCUGGAGGAUACUUUGUGUACAAGUUCUCAGGGACAUUAAAGACCGAAGUAUAUUGUACAGAUCCUGCAUUUAAUUCAAAUUCUUCCAUUCCAACCAAAGCCCCUACAACAACUUUAACAACUACUACACCUGCCACAACGACAACCACCCCUACCACUACCACACCAACAACCACCACACCAACCACUACAACACCAACCACUACCACACCAACCACUACCACACCAACCACUACUAUACCAACAACUACCACACCAACCACUACUAUACUAACAACUACCACACCAACCACUACCACACCAACAACUACCACACCAACCACUACCACACCAACCACUACUCCUCAAACAACCACAACUUCACUGACGACUACUACCACACCAAUUCCAACUACAUCUACCGAGCCUGAGCUAAAUAUAACAGUAAUUACAAUGAGAAGCAGCAACGUAAUAAGUGUCACAUCCAAAACAGAAAGAGACAUCAAUAUGGAUGUAACAAGUCUAGAGAUCAAUGAGACCACCUCAUUCUACAUUGAAGUGAAGAUCAUAACUCCUAGCACCAUCAUAAUCAAGACCAACACUUCUAUGACACCUUCACACACGCUUAUCACAGUCGGAGAUGGUGAUCCUGAGACACUGGCUGACAGAUCUGCUCCUGUGGUUACUAGCAAUGAAACUGUUGUUGCCAAUAUGGAGAAAUUCCAGUCACAGCUCUACAAUAGCCAAGCACCACAAACCAAAACCGUCACUGAAACAUUCACAGACCAGGGGAAGGACUUUGUUAUCACAACCACAAUCACUACUAUUACAAAUGAGGAAAUCAUUGUAAUUAACCCAGAACACUUGUCAACCUCAAUCCCUGCCUCCACAAAAUAAAAUGUGAUUUGGGAUGACAGAGCAUUUAAGAAUUAUACUGUAGUUUCAUUUUUUAUAUAUAUAAUGUACUCAGAUCCCUCAGAUAUACUGUACCUCACUUCAUUAGCUCUUUACUGCUAAUGCCAAAGUGGCUUUUCAUUACAAUUAGGUCACUGAACUAUUAUAA